UAGGGAAGACUAUUUCAGUAUCUCAUGGCUCCUGAAAGAGUGGAGAUCAAUGAGGAUUAUUUUGAGCAUAACCUAAAACUACAGUUUAAACAAUUUGGUAAACAAUAGUAAACAUAUUUUACUUGGUAAUACUCUUUUCAGAAAAUGAGUGGCGAUGCUUCCUUGGUAACGGUACCCUGGGAAUUGUUAACGAAAGAAUUGGAACAUAUAUCCAUGGAAAUAAAAGUACACUUGGCACCCAUAAUCGACGUACUACGUACAUCUAACAAACAAUUAAUUUCAGAAGCAUGGAUAAACAAUUCAAUCACAAGAGUGGAAGCUUGUUUAGAUCGCACAUGGGAAAUAUUGAACUCGGGUUAUUGGAAGAAUGUUCCAAUAGAACAAAGAUAUUGUUAUUCUCUGUGCACUGUUGUAAAGGCAACAUUAUUAGAGCUUCAGUGCGAAAUUAAUGAAAGCAGUGAUAAAGAAGAAAAGAAAAAGACUGCAUUAAGAAAUGUUAUUAAUCAAAUUGAUAAAGGCCUUCUGCUAGGUGCACCUCUUCCUAGUGUACCAAAUUUAUUGACAACUAUUGCUACAAAGUUAAACAAUUAUUGCACUGAAGACUGUGGCGUUAAAAAUGUGGAAGAAAUUUCAAUCAAUUACAAGGAGACUGAUUUAAUUUCUACUUAUCCAGAUAGAUAUUUUGAGAGACCUUCGAUGGAGACGUUUUACAAUAAAAUUUUUGUGCCCAAACUUCCGGCCAUAUUAACAGAUUGUAUGAGUCACUGGAACGCACUAAAAUUAUGGAAAAACCCUAAUUAUCUGAAUAAGGUUGCGGGGUCUCGGACAGUACCGAUUGAAAUUGGAUCUAGUUAUACUGAGGAAGAUUGGACUCAACAUCUUGUCAAUUUCUCUGAAUUUGUGCAAAAGCACGUUAUUGCAAAUGAUAGCAAAAUUGGCUAUUUAGCGCAGCAUCAAUUAUUUGAACAGAUACCAGAAUUAAAGAACGAUUUUGAAGUGCCGGAAUAUUGCUGCUUUUCGGAUAACGAGGAGAAAGAUGUGGAACCAUCAGAAGUUGACAUAAAUGCCUGGUUCGGUCCUGGUGGUACAGUUUCUCCUUUGCACUUUGAUCCGAAAAAUAAUCUUCUGUCUCAGAUAUUUGGUUACAAAAGAGUUAUCUUGUACUCUCCAGCCGAGACAGAUAAUCUAUAUCCUUAUGAUACCAAAUUACUUAACAAUACUGCACAAGUAGAUCCGAUGAGGCCAGAUUACGAUAAGUGGCCAGAGUUUCGUAAAGCUGAUGGCAUGACGUUUCACUUAAAACCUGGAGAAAUGUUGUAUAUUCCACCAAAGUGGUGGCAUCAUGUGACCGCUCUCACCCCGAGUUUUUCGAUCAGUUUCUGGUGGAAUUAAUUUGAACAAGAUUUAAAUAAAAUUAUUUUUUUAUUAAAAAA